AUGAUUUAUAUUGCUUUUUUUAUUGUAUUUACAAAAGCUAUAAUUUUACGAAGCCUUACUAAAUAUUCUGAUUUUUAGAUUCAAACCUUAGAUUUUGAAUGUGAAAAUAUAGGAUUAUCUGAAAAUGGCAAUUUCUACAUUCAAACCUUGUAAGAAUUUAAUGUAAUUCAAAAAACUUCAACUAAUUUUGAAGGAUUAUUUAAUGAGAAAUGGAAUUAAACUUUUCUUAACUUAAUUUAUGAGUAAGAAUACUUGCCUUAAUCUAUUUUGAUUCUUUAAACCUAAAACAUUUAAUUCUAAGAUCAAUUGCAUUUAUGUUCUUUAAUAUAAUAUAAGCAAAAUCAUGAUUACUAAAUAUAUUGUACAAAGGAAAUCAAGCAACUAUUUAUAGAUGGUAAAAUUGAAUUUAAUCUAUUAUAUGAAUUUUCAUUUUCAAUCUUUUAUGAAGAAAAUCAAUUAUGCCACAGCUUUUUAUUUAUUAUCAAUCAUUUUUAUAUUGUUUGCCUAAACAAUGAUCAUCUUAUAAUUAUUACUCUUGAUAUGAAAGGUAAUUAGUAAAUACAAAAGAUCAAUAUUUCAAAUCCAGAAUGCAAAACUAAGUUUACAAAUUCAAAGGAUUAAUAUUUUAUAGUUUCAUUAUACUAAUGUUUAUAAUGGGAAAUUAUUAUUCUUGAUUCAUAAAUGUAAAUUUUGAAAAGAAUUACAAUCUCAGAGAUUAGAGUAGAAGAAAAUGAUAUGAAUGCUUAUUAGUAUUUAUAAGACAUAAAGUAUUGUUAAGACCAACUGCUUCUAAAUUUUUAAUUAAAUUAUAUAUAAAUCGACUUAAAAAACUCAUUUAGAGACAUCAAAUACAAAUUCUUAAACUAGAUCUCAAACAAAUAAAUAUUACACUGUUAAAUUUCUCUAAAAUUAUAUCAACAAAGUUUUUCCUAAUAAAUUCAAGAUAUCAUUAUUUCUGCUGCAUCUUCUAUUAAUUUUAAGGAGGCCUUCCUAUUAGAAAAUUCAAUUAUUUUGCUUUAAUAUUCUGAUCAUUUAAUUGCUAUUUUAGCAAGUGAUAUAAAAUAAAUCAUUAAUAUUGAGAUUCAUUAAAUAAUUUUAUUAAGAGAUAAUAUUUAAUUUUUCAUAAUUGAUCAAUAGAAUAAGUUAAGUUUAUAUAAAACAAAUAUAUUCUAAAUAUAGUAUUCUAAUUAAUAAAAUCAAAAUUAUGUAGGAUUUUUUAAAGUAAAAUAUUUUGAAUCAUCUUUUCUGAAAUGCUUUUAGAUUCAUAAAUAUGAAGAUGAAUAACAAAGAUUAUAAAAUGAAAUAAAAAAUUUUAGAAAUAAAAAUUAUCUUUUAAAGAUAGAUGAUACAUUUGAUAAUAAAAUUUUUAUCGAAAAGUUAAGCUUUAUUUAAGAAAAAAAUAUCAACUUAAAUUUUUCACUUCCUUUUGAAUUUUAAAAUAAACUUUAAAUUGAAAAUAAAGAUUCAUGUUAAUCAUUUGGAACAAAAUAGAGCAAUUUGAGAUAAUUUUAUAUUUUAAAGAAAAAGUCCAAAAAUUACAUACUUUUUAAUGAUGAAAAUUUAUCACUAGUGAUUUAUAAUUGCAUUUCUUCUAGAUCUGUCAAAUAUAAUAUUAAAAUUGAUCUAAAUUCCAUAUAGACAUAUUAUUACGUAGAUAAUUUGCGUUUUAUUUUGAUUUAAGAAACUUAAGGAAAAAUAAUUAUUUUUGAUCUCUCAAAUUAGUCAGAUAAAUAAAUUACUUAUAAAAUUCAUUAAUUCAAAGAAUAAAUUAGAAUUUCUUGUAUCUUUAAAAAUGUAUUAAUUAUUUAAUUAGUAAACUCAACAUAAGUAUAUUUUGAAUUUCCAGAAGAAGCUAGAUUCAUGAAUUUUUCAAUUCAUCAAUUUUCAAUAUUUGACAAUAUUUUCUUUCAGAAUUUUGAUGAAGCUAUUAAGGUUUUAAUACUUUAAAACACAAUAAUUUUUUAAUUUGAAUCCUAUUUACUUAUUCAAUAAUCAAAUCUAAUUUAUUUGAGUAUCUUAUUAUUUAUAUUUAGUAAUAAAUAAAAAAUUAAAUUUAUUGGGAGGAUUCACAUAGAAGAGUAGAUCUUUACAAUUAAUAUUAUUAGCAAUAGAUAAUGAAAUGAAUACAAUAUAUAAAUAUUUAAUCACUAAGUCAAAUUAUUAUCUAAUUUCAACAUUCACCUUUACAGACUAUUUUCCAAUUAAACCUCUACACUAUUAGAUUUAAUAAAAUCAUUUCAUAAUCGUAACUUUAUAAGAAGAUCCAACUUUAUAUCAUCUCUUAUUAUUUAAUUUGUUAAAUUAAUAAAAUUUCAAUUAUUAUGAAAUAGUUUCUACACCUUAUAAAUACUUUUCUAUUUAAUAAGAUAUUCUUUAUUAUUAUAAUAAUUAAGGAUUAAUUGAAAAAUAGCUGAGAUAUUUUAUUUUUAAUUUUUAUUUAUAAGAACUUAAUUAAAUAUUUUAUUAUUUAGAAUUCAAAAUAAAUAUAAGUCAUUCUUAACUUUAGAAUUGUAAUUAUCAAGAGAACUUAAAUUUAAUGUUGGUUAAUUCUUAAUUUAAUUUAAAAUUAAUCAAUCAAAAUAAUUUAAAAAUUGUAAUCAAGAAUGAUUAAGCUAUAAUAAAUCCAAAUUAAUAUGCACUAGGAUAAUUAAAUGAAAUUUAAUUGAUAAAUAAUACUGCUUUUACUCUUUAAAGUCCGUUCAAAGUUACCAAUAGAUAUAAAUGUUAAUAUUUAAAUAAUGCAAUAUGUAUAUUAAAUAAUUCUCAAUCUCUACAACUUUAUAAUUUAUCUAGCAAUAUAAAAUUAAAUAAAUCAAUAAAUGCAGAAAUGUUAAUUUAAGAUGAAACCUCAAUUUUUUCAUUAAAUAAUGGGUUUGUUUUGGUAGAAUAAUUUCAGUCUGAUCUUGUAUAGAUUUCUUAUUUUACUGAGGAUUCAAGAAAUUUUAACGUUAUGAUGGGUGUUCUUAUUUCAGCAUAGUUAAAGGAAUCAUUACUAAUGGUAAAAACUAAUUAUUUGAUAAACUAUUACUUUAUUGAUGAAUUAAUCCAUCUAAUAUCUUCCAAUAAAUUUGGUGAGGAAUCUAAUAAAACUCUCUCAUAAAUUGGAAACAAAUAAUAUUGUUAGACCCUUUUUAAAUACUCAGAAAUAAAUAUAAAUUGCUUUUCAAUUUCAUAAAAUAUAAUAUAAUCAGUCUAAAAUUAUACAAUUCUUACGACUGAUAUUUGUAAUUCAAUAACAAAGCCCUAUCAAUUUUUGCCAAAAUUUUAAUAAUAAUUAUCUGUAGAAGUUCUAAAUUUAUCUUAAAUUUAAGAGAAUGAGCUAGAGUUUAACUUUUUACUUUUAUAUCAAAACGAUUUGAUAUUUUAUUUUUAAAUAAAAUUGAGUAGCAAUGUAUAUCAUAUUAAAUUACAUAAUAUUAUCAGAUAUCCUUAAUUUGUUCAUAGCUGUAAUUCAUAUAUUNAUUAAAUAAUUCUCAAUCUCUACAACUUUAUAAUUUAUCUAGCAAUAUAAAAUUAAAUAAAUCAAUAAAUGCAGAAAUGUUAAUUUAAGAUGAAACCUCAAUUUUUUCAUUAAAUAAUGGGUUUGUUUUGGUAGAAUAAUUUCAGUCUGAUCUUGUAUAGAUUUCUUAUUUUACUGAGGAUUCAAGAAAUUUUAACGUUAUGA